CUCUUGUUUUCUGUCUCUCACGAACACUACAUGAACCUCAGACUGCAGCGUCUCUGGAUGUCUGGACACUUAAACUCCUACUGAUACUAACAGUAAUAAGAGUCAGUAGGAGGAACAGUUCUGCUGCUCCUCACCAUGGCGUGUUGGUGGAGCUUCUCAGCUGAGACCUGGGCUCUGAUCCUGAUCCUCAUCAGCCUCAUCCUGCUGUACGGGUACUGGCCUUAUGGGCUCUUUAAGCGUUUGGGAGUUCCUGGUCCUCAACCGGUACCGUUUUUAGGAACCAUGUUACAGUACCGUAAGGGAAUGCAUAAUUUUGAUAUGGAGUGUUUUCAGAAGUACGGAAAGAUCUGGGGGAUAUAUGACGGCAGACAGCCAGGUUUCUGUGUGCUGGACACCGACAUCAUCAAAACUGUCCUGAUUAAAGAGUGUUACUCUCUCUUCACCAACCGCCGAAAUUUCCGUCUAAAUGGUCCUCUGUACGACGCCGUGUCCAUCGUGGAGGACGAGGACUGGAGGAGGAUCAGGGGUGUUCUCUCUCCAUCGUUCACCAGCGGCAGACUGAAGGAGAUGUUUGGAAUCAUGAAGUCACAUUCUCACACACUGGUUGAAAAUCUGAAGAAGACGUCAGAGCGAGGAGAAUCAGCAGAUAUUAAAGAGUUUUUCGGAGCGUACAGUAUGGAUGUGGUGACGAGCACAGCCUUCAGUGUCGAUAUCGACUCCCUGAACAACCCUAAAGAUCCAUUCGUCUCCAACAUCAAGAAAAUGCUGAAGUUUGAUUUAUUUAACCCUCUGUUUCUUCUUGUUGCUCUGUUCCCCUUCAUCGCUCCUCUGCUGGAGAAAAUGAAUUUCGCCUUUUUCCCGACUGCAGUGACGGAUUUCUUUUACGCCUCACUGCAAAAGAUCAAGUCUGAACGUGUGGCUCAGGAUCAUAAGAAACGAGUGGACUUCAUGCAGCUGAUGAUCGAUUCUCAGAAAUCAGGGGAUGGUGAUCUGAACAGCAGAGAGUCCAGUAAAGGUCUGAAUGAUCAUGAGAUCCUGUCCCAGUCCAUGAUCUUCAUCUUUGCUGGUUAUGAGACGAGCAGCAGCACUCUGUCGUUCCUCUUCUUCAAUCUGGCCAGUAAUCCAGAGACCAUGAAGAAACUGCAGGAAAUUGAUGAAACUUUCCCUAAUAAGGCUGUGGUUGAUUAUGACACAGUGAUGAACAUGGAUUAUCUGGAUGCUGCUCUGAACGAGUCCCUCAGGUUGUACCCGGUUGCUCUUCGUCUUGAAAGAGUCUGCAAGAAAACCGUUGAGAUAAACGGUCUUACCAUCCCAAAGGACAGCGUCGUUAUGGUCCCCAUUUACGCCCUACAUAGGGACCCUGAAUUUUGGACUGAUCCAGAGACCUACAACCCGGAGAGGUUCACUCAGGAGAAUAAGGAGAACAUCGAGCAGUAUGUCUACAUGCCGUUUGGUUUUGGACCCAGAAACUGCAUUGGGAUGAGGUUUGCCCUCAUGGCCAUUAAGCUGGCUGUUGUUAAGAUUCUGCAGAGAUUCGACAUCAGUCUUUCUGAGGAAACGAAGGUUCCUCUGGAGCUGAACAACAAUGGCCUUCUAGCUCCUAAAGAACCCAUCAAACUCCACUUCACACUUCGUUAAACAUCCAACACCUGCAAGAACAACCACACUAACCCAUAAACCUCAAGACUCUCCUGCAUUACAGAACGGUGUGUACCUGAAGAUGACUUUAGCUGAAGUUCAGUAAAGAACGAUACAACAAUCUGGAUCUUAUUAUCAGUCAUAAAGAGUUCAAAAGUCACAGCAGUGUGAGUGUGUUUAUAUUAUGAUUCACACAGGCAUUAAAUCUCACACUUUAUACCCAAAUCUCAUUAUUAUUUACAUAUAUUGUAACAAAAAUCUCCUUCAGAAUGAAUAAAGGUUUAUCUGAUCUCA